UGAUUACACAAUUUAUAUGCCAUUCAAGGUGUGCUAUUUGGCGACAGCAGUUUAUGGCCAAUUGGUUUUCGAUACUGGCAAAACUUGUUUAUAACAAGAAGUGGCACAAAAUGAUUUGAUUUGAUUUCCAUAACGAUAAACUGAUAAUGAGUUCGGUUCUCAUGUUUGUACAUUUUACGAUUGAUUGAUCUAAGUUCAGAUGAUUUAGAGAAAAUAUCAUUUAAAAGACCAUUGACUUAUCAGUUUAUGUUAAUUUCAAAAUUCCUCCAACAGACUUGUUUGUUUAUAAUAGUUUCAAUACUCAUGUCAAGUUUUUAGGCAACAAAAAUGCAUUCAAGUUUGAAUUUUCCUUAUCAUUGAAAAUCUUAAAUAUUGUGGUUGCCGUUACCCAAUAAUUUAUUGAGUCCUUCGAACCGCCUGAGCACGGACACAGACAACGUGUCUGCCUCAGACCACAGACGUGAAACAACAUCAGGCAGUAAUGUCAAUGGGGUAGAAAAAACAAAACAACAAACACAGAAACACACACGCACACACACGCACACACACACCGACGCAUACACAAACAACAGCGUAAAGAAAAUUCCUAACAAGUGUUUUUCUUUACUGGCCCAGAGAGACAGAGAGAGAAUUUCUGAGAGAAAGCUUUCACACAUGGCAAAAACGAAAGCUUUGACUGUGUCUUCUUCUGGCUGUGCCUGAGCUCAGGAAACUCUGUGUUGGUUUUCAGUUAAGUUUGAGUAUCCUGGCCAGAAAGUAUGCAACAUUUUCCACGGGCCUUUACGCGCGUCGAACAAUAAGAAAAGCUGGAAAAACGCCAGCAGCAGCAGCAGAAGCAACCAGCACACUAUAACAAGUUUUUCUUUCCUUUCACACAAGUCUAGAAAAAAGUAGUGAAAAGGCAGCAUUUAAGUGGCAGUUGCGUUUUUUGGGCUAAGCAAACGGAUUCGUCGCGUGCGUUGGUAUAAGCAGCAAUCACUAUGAAAUGUCUAUGUGAAUAGGAGGAUGACGCGAGACGGCGAAAUUCCGGCCAUCUUUAAUCCGAAACGUGUGCGCACCCCAUCUGUGGUUGUCACCGGCGAUUCCUCAACGAAUGGACCGUCGUACAAUAGCAACAACAACACAAGUGGAGCUGCAGCCAGCAGCAGCACUGUCGGUGGAGGUGGCGGACCAGUUGGUGGCCCAGCUGGCAGCUGUGGGUUCAGCAAUGUCCUCAACUCAAGCAAUCCACAAAUAACCCACCAAGAUUCAAUAUCAUCGAGCCAACAGGAUCCCAAUGAGGUGAUUAUCAUUCAAGCGGAUACUCCGACAGGGACUCACAACGCACAACAUCACUUUGGAGGCGACUCCAGUGAUACGGCACACAGCGCUGGACACGAUCAACAGCAGCAACAGCAACAGCAGCAGGCAAAUGGCCAUGGAGAAGAGCCAGAAUUACGUUUUCGUAAGCUGCAGGCCUGCAAGGAAUCCUGUUGCUCCGAGCUGGCUCGGAAGAUGUACUAUGGUGUGUGCGUGACCAUUCUGGUGACCGGGUCAUGGGUAGGAGCCACUCAUACCAUCAAGUAUAUGUACAAGUAUCGAGCUCCCUACGAUGAUGUGCUGAACGAUGAUCAGGACACCUCGUCGAGUCGGGCGGAGCUGAGCACCGAGCUGGAGGAUAUACUGGCCAUCAGCGAUUCAUCCCUGCAUCAUGUCGAGGACGCCACCGAGAUGUUCAAAAUCCCACCACGCCAGCCCGUCUACUUUAGUGCUCCGUUCUUUGCUGCCUGGUUUUUUACCAAUUUCUCGUUACUCUUUUUCCCCAUCUAUGUGCUGGGAUUGAUCUCGGCCCGCAAAUAUGAUAAGUUGAGUGAAAUAUUGGGCGAUGUGCUGCGUGGUUUUCGCGAGCGAGGUUUCACCGUAGGACGCUUUCUGAAUCGCUGCCUCUCAUUCUGCAUACUGUGGCUGGUAACCACAUAUCUGUACACUCUGUCCCUGCAUGUCCUCUUUGCCACCGAUGCCCUGGCCCUGUUUGCCACAAAUGUUGCCUGUGUCUACUUGUUGUCCUGGGUUAUACUGCACGAACAAUUUGUGGGCGUACGGAUUGUGGCUGUUAUCCUCUGCGACACGGGCAUUGCACUGCUGGCCUAUAUGGAUGGCAUCACAGAGAGCCGUACACUUGGCGGCGUUGUGCUGGCCACAUUGUCCGCUGCCGGUUAUGCUGUAUUCAGGGUUAUGUUCCGCAAAGUAAUGGGCGAUCCGCCUGUGGGCCAAAUCGCAUUCACAUUCACAGCAUUGGGUUUCCUCAAUGCCCUGCUCCUGUGGCCCGUUGUGUUGGCGCUUUACUUGACUGGCACGGAAAGCCUGACAUCGGAGAGCAUUCCCUGGAACCUGCUUUUUGCCGCCAGUCUAUUGCUUUUAGUUUUCCACGUCCUAAUGCAGUUCAGCGCCGCCGUAACAUACAACAUGUUUGUGACAUUGGGUUUGAUUACAGCCGUUCCCGUUUCAGGUGCACUCGAUGUCAUAUUGUACAGCGCAAAUUUUGCUGGCAUGAAACUGGCUGGGGUUAUUCUAAUUGGCAUUGGGUUUUUCCUCGUUAUGUUCCCCGAGAAUUGGCCCGACUAUAUAACACGAUUGUUGCGAAAGAGCGUUCGUGCCAUACUCCGUUACCAAUGUUGUUGUGAAUUAGCCGAAAUUCGCUAUGCUCAUUCGAAGCAUCAUAAUGCUGGGUCACAAUGCGAGAUGGGGUCGCGGCCCUCGGAGCGGUACUUCAACAGGUCAGCAUCCCACCAUUAUCGAUUAUCGGACGGGAUACAUAAGGUCCCAUCUUCGUUCACCCUCUGGCCGUGUGAGAUGACUGAUCUAUCGCCAACUGCAACUGGGUUUCUGCAUGGUCAUGGCGGCUCUAACGCACAGCAUCAUCAGCAACUUUUACAACAUCAACAGCAACAACAACAACAUCACCAUCCUCAUCAUCAACGACAUCAUCUAACCCAUUCGUAUUCCCAGCAGCAACAGCAUCACCUGCAGCGGCAACACUCGCACACCUCGCUAACAAUGAUCCAUCGCCAGAGUAGUAGUCACAGUGUCCAUGGUGGACGAGCUGGAGCAGCAGCAGCAGCAGCAGCGGCGGCAGCCACAGGAACUGGUCGUUUGUUCUCGUAUUUUGGCAACGAACACGAUCAUGACCAUGAGCGUAAGAAAUCGGAGACAUCAUUCUUCAAUUUGGGCUUCCGUCGCAAGUCGACAGUUGUCUAUUAUGCUCCAACCGAUUAAAAGGAGGGAGGACGAAGGAUUUCCCAUCUCCAUAUCUCACCAUUGCAACUAAAAAACAGUAAAACGAAAAGUAAAACAAUCAUGAAUACAAAAGAAAAUGAGUUAAUGAGAAUUUAUUAGGAUUUGCACUCUUAGAAUUUAUCGAGAAAACUAAAAUAUAUACAUAUUAAUAUGAAUGUUGUUGAUGUAAAAGUUUAGUCACUCCACCACACACACACACACACAUAUGCAGUUAUAAAUUUGCUCAAAUAUAAGACACACACCCACACACACACACACACACGGACAGACCGUAAUGCUAUGCAAAUGAAACCCAUAAACAUCAUGUGAGAAAAAUUCCCAAUAAUAAACGAAAAUUAAAGUGCCCCAAAAGUUAACUAAACUAUAUAUUUAAAAGAAUGCAAUAAAAUGCAUAAUUCUAUAAGAAAACGAAGCCAAUUGUUUUUAGCAAUUAUAUACAAAACCAUUUCAUAAUAUAUUUUAAAAACCAAACUAAUUAUUAAACUAUGGAAAACCCUCACUCACUCAACAAACAAAAACAAAGAAGGCACUUCACCUACAACGGCAAUGAGAUAUAUAUAUAUAUAUACAUAUAUUAAAUAGUUCUCACCGAUUCUCAGAUUCAAAUUUAUAGUAUAAGCUCAUCUUAGACAAAUUAAGAAGAAGAUACAAUCGAAAUGGAGUUAAUAAGUAUUCAAUGUUAUUGUUGUUCUCUCAAUUGAUUGAUCUGUUAUUAACCCUAAAACAUAUAUGAUUUAGUUUUCUGGUGUGUUGAACUGAAAACCUUUAAGAAACAAAAGCAAA